GCAAGAAUUAAGAAUCUCUCUCCCAUGAAUUGCUUUUAUCUUCAGAUCCAUACUUUCUUCAGCUGUGUUUCUUUCGCUUAGAUCUUGCUUGAAAACCCACUUAUUGUUUCCUACCCUACUUGCUACAACAUCAUUUGAAAUAUUGUACGCUCAUACAAGCAAUUCCCAGUUGUUGCUGCAAAUGGGUUCGAUUCGGGCAGAUCUGGGCAGCAGAAUCCACCCCGAACCCAUCGACCACUUCGACCGUCUUCCCGACUCCGUCAUCCUCUUGAUCUUCAACAAAAUCGGCGACGUCAAAGCCUUGGGCCGGUGUUGUGUUGUUUCCAGGCGAUUCCACUCUCUCGUUCCCCAAGUCGACAACGUCAUAGUCCGUGUCGACUGUGUUAUAUCCGACGAAGAUCCCUCCGCCACCUCUUCUUCCUCCGCCGCGGCUUCAGCCGCCUCUGACAAGUCCCGGCACCCUAUCUCCUCCCUCUUCAGAAUUUUGUUUUCUGGACUCUUCAAACCCUUGCAAUCCCUCUCUCAGCUCAUCAGUCCUUCAAGCCGUCGCAUUCCUUCUCUUUCUGAAGAUUUCGACUUUGAAACUGAGCAAAACAGCGUCACCCAUCAUUCACCCACUCAAGUCUUGAAGAACUUUAACGAAAUCAAGCUCCUCAGGAUAGAACUUCCGAGCGGGGAGUUGGGAAUUGAUGAGGGUGUUUUGCUUAAGUGGAAGGCGCAGUUUGGAUCGACGCUUGAUAAUUGUGUUAUUCUUGGAGCUUCAAGUGUUGUUCAGAAGAUGGACAGUGACUAUGAUUGUUUGGGCACAUGCAAUAAUUACGAUAGUGUGAACAAUGAUAACAGUAGUAGUAAUAACAAUAACGGAGUGGAGAAUGAUAAUGGGAGCAUACCCGAGUCAUUUUACACAAAUGGGGGCUUGAAAUUGCGCGUUGUGUGGACCAUUAGCUCAUUGAUCGCAGCCUCAGCGAGGCACUAUCUGCUGCAGCCUAUAAUAGCAGAGCAUAAGACGCUGGAGAACUUGGUGUUGACCGAUUCGGAUGGGCAGGGGGUUUUGUCUAUGAAUAAAGAACAGUUGGAGGAGCUUAGAGUGAAGCCUUUGUCGCCCUCGUCGGCAGCAAAGAGGACUCUUGUCCCGGCUCUGAAUAUGCGAUUGUGGUAUGCGCCCCAUCUGGAGUUGCCAAAUGGGUUGGUGUUAAAAGGGGCCACAUUGGUUGCAAUCAAGCCCAGUGAGCAGCCGAAGAAGGACAUGGUGGGUUCGGAAGGGAAUUGGAUUGCUUCGGCAUUUGAGGAGCCAUUUGGGACUGCUGCGAGGAUGUUGGUGAAGAGGAGGACUUAUUGUUUGGAAAUGAACUCCUUUUAGAUGGGGAUGGGGUUCGACUAAGAAUUUAUGGAGAGAUGUUUGAGUUUUCCAGGAAAAAACCAGGCCUUGGUCCUUUUAAGGAAGGAGAAUAUAAACUAGUUUGGAGAAGCAGGGUACAAAGUUUUGUCUUGAGCACAGUAGGUUACAUGCGAGUGGCUGGGGAAGUUUAUAUUGCUUCCGUUUAUGACUCUGUUGUCAGCUGUUGAUUGAUUAUGAGCUUAAACUGUCUGCUUUCUGCGGUCAGACUAAUGAUGAUAUGCAUCUGCCUUGAUUUGGAACUCAAGCACAUGCUUUUAGAGGGCAUGCUAUGCAACUGGUUAUGUUGUAAGCAUUCUGGGCCUUUGACUUUGCGGUCAGCUGCCUUUGUUAGUUAUCUAUCUGUGAAUAUUGUAGGUAUAAAGGUUCUAUGCUUAUGCGCUGUCCGUUUAAAGAUUCAAGAUCUCAUCAGCAUAUUAUAUUAGCUGAUUUACUGCCAUAAAUAAAUGUGAUAACGGCUAAACUUUCUAUAAAUGAGGAUUUUAUCUUCAUCUUG